AUGACCAAGAAGCACCUGAAGCGCCUCUAUGCCCCCAAGGACUGGAUGCUGAGCAAGCUCACGGGCGUGUUCGCUCCCCGUCCCCGUGCUGGUCCCCACAAGCUGCGUGAGUGCAUGACGCUCCUGAUCAUUAUCCGCAACCGUCUCAAGUACGCACUGAACGCCGCUGAGGGACAGAUGAUCCUCCGUCAGGGCCUUGUGUCUGUGGACAACAAGGCACGCCGUGACACCAAGUACCCUGUGGGCUUCAUGGAUGUUGUGGAGAUCCCCAAGACCGGUGACCGCUUCCGUAUCCUGUACGACGUGAAAGGUCGCUUCGUGAUGGUGAAGGUUGGUGAGGCGGAGGCCGGCGUAAAGCUGAUGAAGGUGGAGAACAUCUACACCAGCACUGGCCGCAUUCCCGUUGCCGUGACACACGACGGUCACCGCAUCCGCUACCCUGAUCCCCGCACUCAACGCGGUGACACACUGGUGUACAACCUGAGGGAGAAGAAGGUGGUUGACCUCAUCAAGACCGGAAAGGGCAAGGUUGUGAUGGUGACAGGAGGUGCUAACCGUGGUCGUAUUGGUGAGAUCAUGUCGAUCGAGCGUCACCCUGGUGCGUUCGAUAUUGCACGCCUGAAGGAUGCGGCUGGCCACGAAUUCGCCACCCGGGCAUCAAACAUCUUCGUGAUUGGCAAGGACAUGCAGAGCAUCCCUGUGACACUCCCGAAGCAACAGGGUCUCCGCAUCAACGUGAUCCAGGAGCGUGAAGAGAAGUUGAUCGCUGCUGAGGCACGCAAGAACAUGCAGGCCCGCGGUACUCGCAAGGCACGCAGGUAG